ACGAUCCGAAUUACAAAUGAAUAAAAUGAGGAAGCCCGGACGUGCUUUCUGCACUGGUGUGUAGUUCAUUCGGUGCGUGGGUCCAUAGCUGUGGGAUCUGAAAUCCCCGCAGUGUCUCGCGUGUCGAAAAGCAUCAAGGGCUCUCGGUCCUUUUUCCGCAUCUCUGCCUAAAGCCCUCGACUUCACAUCACACAUUAUCAUGGAAGUGCUUGCGCUGCGCUCGCUCUCGCUGCUGCUGCUGCUGUGCAACACCUUAAUGUUGUAUGGGAGAGCUGUUGCUGACAGAUCGUCAGACUGCUUUCACAAUCUCACGGGACACAAGUCAGCAACAGUCAUUCCCUCUUAUACUCUUGAAGCGACGCAUGCAGCAAAACUCGAUGACCAAAAUGAAAGGGACCGAAUUGUAAGUCGGAAACUUCUCGCCGACAUAUCCCCUCCAGGAAUGUGGACAGCCACCGACGAUGAAGACAGGACAAGCAACAAAAGGCGGCUUCUUACUGCUGAUGAUUUUGACACUUGAGUUGAGUUAAGGUCCUGCAUGAAGAACGUUCAGUGCGUUCUUGAUGGAACAAUCUGAAAUGUGAUCUCGACAAAUUCGUUUGACAUUCGGGUAAAAGAUUCCACAUGGCCAUUUACACUUGGACGAUUAUGGAGGAUCUGCAUACUGGUUUUGCUUCAUUUGUACAUAGAUGCAAAGACAACGAAGAGCUCAAUCUGGAAUGAUAUUGUGAAUCGUCGUCGCGGUUGCUGAUCGUGUCUUGAUAGCAUAGCAUGUUAUUCAUUCAUCAUACUGGCCUAGCCUAGUUCACCAUGAACUGAAAGUGUGAGUGACAUGGUUGAAUUGCAUAACCGCUAUGUGGAGAGAUCAACAAUAUUCAAAUCAAAAUUUCAUUUAAUUAGCUGACAACGGAUUGGGACGAGGAAUGUGGAUGAAUCUGUUGCAAAAUAUGGAAGCACUGUACCUCAAGUUUCUGUAGCCUGCCAUUUGAUUCAGCUCCCAUGCAUGAAGACUUCUCCGACGACAUGUCCAACACAUUUUAAAUUUUUUGUUUAUGCAUAAAUUUUUAUUUUCUUUCAUGUUAGGUAUGUAGUUCCCGUCACAGGGUAAAAAGGCUUUACGCUUCUAUGCCAUGAAGCCUUUUACAACAGAUAAAGUGUUCAUUCGCCGGCUGUAAAUGUGCGUAAUGUUAUGAUCAGUUUAAUGAACGUGAUUACACUGUCAUAGAAGCUAAUUCUUCGGAGUUUGUGUUAAUCUGGAAUACAAGACUCGAGUGAUAGAAACUUUCGUUGAAAUAUGUUCGGAGUGAAGUAUGUACAAUGUAAUAGCUUUGCCAUUGCCAUUUGCAUUUGUCUUUGUUUCUAAUCUGAACUGGAAUGUACUUACGAGGAACUUUGAGCACGCCACAAGUUGCAGAUCGACAGAUAGGAAGCUGAGUACGAGUAUGCACAACUCCUUUUUUACAUUCAAUUGCCUCGUGCAGCAGCUGCAGUAAUGUUAGAAAGGUUCUGCGGUCUAGUUCUAGAAUCUAGCUGUCUGAGUAUUUCAAACUUUUUGCCUUUAAUCACCGAAAAACUUUUUCUGUACUUACAAGGUUACAAUAUAAAGGUUUGGAACCGCCAGUAUUGUUAUGAACUUUGUGCUUCAAUCGCUACCUU